AUGAUAAAGAGGAGUCCUGACGAGAUGCAGGAGAUGGAGGUGGACAGCCCAACCAGUCUUCCGGUACUGAAUCGCAGAAACUUUCAUCCAGACGCCUCAAUUGUUCUCGUAGGAUGUCGUGGUGCUGGGAAACGCACCCUCGGAUUUAUCGGCGCUAACUAUCUGCAUCGGCGUCUCCUGAUUGAAGAUCACUACUUUCAACAGGCGACGGGGUGCAGCAGGGCCCAAUUUCUGGAAAAAUAUGGCAAGGAAGCUCUCAACACCCAGCUGACCCUGACACUUGCACAGGUGUUGCGCGACAAUCAGUACAAUUGUGUCAUUGAGUGCGGAAUGGGAACAUGGAGCAAAGAGACCAAGGAAUUGUUGCGACAAUACUCAGAAACCAACCCUGUCAUCUAUGUCCAUCGUGACAAGGAGGAAACUUAUCGAUUGCUCAAGAUACCCGUUGCGGAUGCAGAGCGGUUGUUCCUUGCUGAUGGGAAGCUACGCGAUUGCACCAACGUCGAGUACUACAAUUUGUCAGACAACAGUGGCGAGGGCGAUGAAUCAAGCAAAUCAGGACUGCGGUCCGUCUCCAUGGCAUCGGCCAGACUGCUUCAAGUCAAGGAGGACUUUAGAAAAUUUGUUGACUCGGUGACUGGCCAAGGUCUGACACGGUCCUGGUUAGAGAAUCCGUUCUCCAUCAACGCGAUACCACCCGAGUAUCGUGCCUAUUCAUUCGUGCUUCGACUGCGGCUAUCUGACCUUUUGAGUCAAGAUAUCAAUAUGACAGACCUCGAGUCUGGUGCUGAUGCGGUAGAGAUCAUUGUUGAUACCUGGCCGGACAAUAUUCUGGAUUUCUUGGCCAUGCAGGUCGCGUUGAUUCGACGCAAGCUCAACUUGCCGAUACUAUAUCAUGUGGAAGAAGUACCGCGCGAGGAGCGCCAGAGAACACAAGACGAAAGGGACAUACAGGACCUUCGUCUAUUCUUGCAUGGACUUAGACUCGGUGUGGAGUAUCUUAGUCUUGACCUGGAACGCAACGAGAGCAUAGUAUCCACGGUACUUGCCAUGCGAGGUAGGACCAAGAUCAUUGGAAACUUUACCAUGAAAGGCUUCAACGCACCAAAGUGGACGAAUCCCAUCUACCUGGAGCAAUAUCGACGAGCCCAGGUCAUGGGCUGCAGUAUUGUUCGGUUCGCAAGGUUUUGCAUCCAGGAUCGCGAUGCGAAUGGCCGCCAGCAACUCCUAGACGCCGUCGCCGCUAUGCCUGACCCCAAACCACACAUUGUAGCCUAUGAAUAUUCUGUUUUGGGCGCCGUCAACAGCAGCAUCUUGGGCGACACCGAAGGCCCCUUUCGAUCCUGGACAUUCAUACCUGUUGGACACAAUGCAAUCAAAGGAUCAUCGCGGGAACAUCUCGCUGGAGCAAAUUCGACUCGGGGCUCACUGCGCAUCAUGUUUCGCCAUGGAAGUCUUCAAGCCCUAAAGUUUUACACACUGGGCUCCCAGGUCUACUACUCUGUGUCGCCGGCCAUGCACCGAGCAGCUUAUGAGGCUCUCAUGAUGCCACAUUCUUUCGAUGCGCGGGCUUGUGAUCGCCUUGAAGAAUUGGACAGGUUGCGCCGCGAGCCUGAUUUUGGAGGGGCACAAUUGACGGCGCCUUUCAAGGUGGUGAUGAUGGAUCAUGUCGAUCAUCUCAGCACGCACGCCAAGGCCAUUGGUGCAGUCAAUACUCUUCUUCCACUUCGAGGCGAAUCUUCCUCUAUACUGGAACAUGCAAACAGGCGCAAUCGGGCUGGAUCAGCAAACAAAUUCUAUGGAGACAAUACUGAUUGGAGUUCUAUCAUGACUUGCCUGCGACGCGGCAUCAGUCCACGAAAUACCGUCCAGCCCUCGCGCACUACAGGAUUGGUCAUAGGCGCUGGUGGCAUGGCGAGAGCAGCCAUCUAUGCCCUGAUCAAGCUCGGGUGCCGCAAGAUCUUUCUGUACAACCGGACCAAGGCCAAUGCCGACAAAGUGGCAGAUCACUUCAAUAGUUGGGCUAGGGCACACAAUACAAUGCACAAUGGUUCCGAGAUCUGUCACGUCCUCGAGUCUAUGACACAAAGUUGGCCAGAAGGAUACCAACAGCCUACGAUGAUAGUCUCUUGCGUAGCAGCAGGCGGCGAAGUUCACGAUUCAAAAGUCAACUUCAGACUCCCGACGCAGUGGCUAAAGAGCCCCACUGGCGGUGUUGUUCUGGCAUACGAACCUCUGAUCACAGCUAUGAUUAGACAAAUGCGUGAGAUUCGAGAAGCGGGCAACAGCUCCUGGGUCAUUGUUGACGGUCUCGAGGUUGUUGCUGAAAUGGCGAUGGAGUCUUUUGAACUACUUACGGGGCGCAACGCACCCAAGUCCUUGAUGCGCGCAGUUUGCAACGAAAACUGGGAAAAGAAUUGCGCACCAUUUGAAGCGACUCAUUGA